GGAGGGCGCAACUUUUGGACUGGUGGUAAAACUUUAAUUACCUUUCAAGUAAAAAAAGGCCCUGCGAUUUUCCCCCCUCCCCCCCGUCCCGGUCAAAGCACGGCCCGCGGCGCGACCGUGAGAGAAAGUUUAACAGCGGACCGGUUCCUCCCGGGUCCCCGCGGAGGGCUGGGGGCGUCGGUCUGUCCGUCUGCGCCCGGAGGGAGGUGGGGGGUAACCAGGCGCUCUCCGGGGCGCGGAGACCGCGAAUCUACCCCACCCUUUCACGGGGAGACGGAGAACCCUUAAGAGAAAUCUUGAGAGUGGACACCAAUUGUAAAGACCGGCCAGAUAGUUCUGUGUUUCAUCACUGCUGAAAGGUUAAAAAAUAAAUCAUGACUGAAUCUGCCUCUAGCACAGGUGGUCAAGAGUUUGAUGUAUUCAGUGUUAUGGACUGGAAAGAUGGAGUGGGCACAUUACCAGGAAGUGACUUAAAGUUUCGGGUCAAUGAGUUUGGAGCCCUGGAAGUUAUUACAGAUGAGAAUGAGAUGGAAAAUGUUAAAAAAGCAACCGCCACCACCACUUGGAUGGUACCAACUGCUCAAGAAGCCCCGACCUCUCCCCCGAGCUCCAGGCCCGUAUUUCCACCUGCCUACUGGACAUCUCCACCUGGAUGUCCCACAGUCUUUUCAGAGAAGACUGGGAUGCCUUUCAGGUUGAAGGAUCCAGUGAAAGUAGAAGGGCUUCAGUUCUGUGAGAACUGUUGUCAGUAUGGCAACGUAGAUGAGUGUCUUUCUGGAGGAAACUAUUGCAGCCAGAAUUGUGCUCGGCACAUCAAAGAUAAAGAUCAGAAGGAAGAAAGGGACAUAGAAGAAGACAAUGAGGAAGAAGAUCCUAAGUGUAGUCGGAAGAAAAAACCAAAAUUGUCUCUGAAAACUGAUCCCAAGGAGGAUGGAGAAGAGAGAGAGGAUGAAAUGGAGAACAAACAGGACGUAAGAAUCCUGAGGGGUUCGCAGAGAGCACGAAGGAAAAGAAGAGGGGAUUCCGCUGUGUUAAAGCAGGGUUUGCCUCCUAAAGGGAAGAAAUCAUGGUGCUGGGCAUCCUACCUGGAAGAGGAGAAAGCUGUGGCAGUGCCGGCGAAGCUGUUCAAGGAGUAUCAAUCAUUUCCAUAUAACAAAAAUGGAUUCAAAGUUGGCAUGAAAUUAGAAGGCGUGGACCCCGAGCAUCAGUCUGUGUACUGUGUCCUCACUGUGGCGGAGGUUUGUGGAUACCGGAUAAAACUUCACUUUGAUGGGUAUUCUGAUUGCUAUGACUUCUGGGUGAAUGCAGACGCUCUGGAUAUCCACCCGGUUGGGUGGUGUGAGAAAACCGGCCACAAACUCCAUCCUCCAAAAGGUUAUAAAGAAGAGGAAUUUAACUGGCAGACCUAUCUUAAGACAUGUAAAGCUCAAGCUGCUCCUAAGUCAUUAUUUGAAAAUCAGAAUAUAACAGUGAUCCCAUCGGGCUUUCGAGUUGGUAUGAAGCUUGAGGCAGUAGACAAAAAGAAUCCCACAUUCAUCUGUGUUGCUACGGUAACAGAUAUGGUGGACAAUCGUUUCCUGGUACAUUUUGACAACUGGGAUGAAAGCUAUGACUAUUGGUGUGAAGCAUCAAGUCCACAUAUUCAUCCAGUUGGUUGGUGUAAAGAACAUAGAAGAACCCUUAUUACUCCGCCAGGUUAUCCAAAUGUGAAACAUUUUUCUUGGGAUAAAUACUUAGAAGAAACCAAUUCUUUGCCUGCCCCUGCAAGAGCUUUCAAAGUGAAACCUCCACAUGGAUUCCAGAAAAAAAUGAAGCUUGAGGUUGUAGACAAAAGGAACCCCGUGUUUAUUAGAGUAGCAACAGUGGCAGACACAGAUGAUCACCGGAUAAAAGUUCACUUUGAUGGCUGGAACAAUUGCUUUGAUUACUGGAUAGAUGCAGAUUCUCCUGAUAUUCAUCCUGUAGGCUGGUGUUCAAAAACAGGACAUCCCCUUCAGCCUCCUUUGAGCCCCUUGGAAUUAAUGGAAGCUUCAGAACACGGUGGCUGCUCAACCCCUGGAUGUAAAGGGAUUGGCCAUUUUAAGAGAGCGAGACAUCUGGGCCCUCACAGUGCUGCCAACUGUCCCUACUCAGAAAUCAAUUUGAAUAAAGACCGUAUUUUUCCAGACCGCUUAAGUGGUGAGAUGCCUCCGGCUAGUCCAUCAUUUCCAAGAAAUAAAAGGACAGACUCAAAUGAAAACUCUUCAUCCCCUGAAAUCAGAGACCAGCAUGCCGAUGACGUCAAAGAAGACUUUGAAGAGAGAACAGAAAGCGAAAUGAGAACAUCACAUGAAGCCAGAGCAGGUGCCCGGGAAGAACCCAGCAUCCAGCAGGCACAGCGUCGGUCAGCUGUCUUUCUGUCCUUUAAGUCCCCAAUUCCGUGUCUGCCCUUGCGCUGGGAGCAGCAAAGCAAACUUCUUCCAACUGUCGCUGGAAUCCCUGCCAGUAAAGUUUCCAAAUGGAGCACAGAUGAGGUGUCAGAAUUUAUACAGAGCUUACCUGGGUGUGAAGAACAUGGAAAGGUAUUUAAAGAUGAACAAAUUGAUGGAGAAGCAUUUCUACUUAUGACUCAAACAGACAUUGUUAAAAUUAUGAGCAUUAAACUGGGCCCUGCUCUGAAAAUUUUCAAUUCCAUCCUGAUGUUCAAAGCUGCAGAGAAGAAUUCUCACAAUGAACUUUGAAGAUGGUGAAUUCUGAAUACCAUCAGCAUUCUGCUUUAAAGCUCAUGUUUUAUUCAAAGCACAAGGACGGUUAUAACUCCUAAGUGAGAAGUCUCCAAAACUCAAAAGAGCAACACUAUCAGAUUAUUUAUAUUCCUCAAGAGACAAUAUAAAUGAAUUCUUAUGAAAGUGCUUGAGCUUUUAACCAGGUACUGUCUAACAACAGUCAUCUUUUGGUUCUGUUCACUGAGCUAAAUUUAUCUUUGUAAAUCUUUUUGAGGCUGGGUGGGGGGUGGGGGAAAAGGGGAACUUCAUUAAUUAUUUAUGGUAAUGGAGGGCAGAGUAAGAACUUUUGGCAUUUUGUAAACAUUGUUGAAUUCUCUUUCAUGUACACUGUUUCUUUUUCAAUACUUUCAGAAACCUUUUUAUAUAAUCAGAUUUCGAUUUAAACCAAAUUAGUCAAAACCUGGCUAAGUUUAGCCAGUAGGACUGUUAUCUGUAUCGUUAAUUUUGUGCCAUAUUUUGAAUUGCAACAUUAUGCCAAGUAUAACUUUGCAAGUCAUGAUAUUGCCUAACUGCUUGUCAUAAUUGUCAGGGCUGAAUAGUUGUAAGAAUGACUUUUCUUUGAAUCAGUGUUUUUACUUUUGCACGCAUUAUGAAAUGUUAAACAAAUUACUUUUCACCAGCAUCUUUACUAUAAUUACCAAAAACAUGUAUAUAAAAGAAUGGAAUUGAAAAAUAAAGCAUAUAAACAUAAAUAAAUUAGGUAGUGUAUUUGAGUGGCAUCAGUCUCACGAAUCUUGGUGCCCCGGUGUUUACAGGAGCCAGAUGGUAUCAGAGGAGUAUGCAGUUGUAUGCAGUUAUGUUUGGGGGAUGUUUGUGAGGGUCUUGAACUAUUUAUGAGAUGAUCUUGAGCUUCUAAUUGUCAUUGAUGAAAUUGUGAUGCUUUACAGAGACCAAGAGCUCAUCUGUCAACAGAAACACUAAUCUGUAAAGAGCCCUGUCUCAGGUCAUGCAUUGUCCUCCAAACCCAAAGGUUUUUUUCAGGGUUGGCUGAAGAGCGAGUGUCUCGGUUUUACUGAAAAGACAAGGUGUGAGGGAGCAAGCAACUCCAGGUGACACAAAAUUUGAAAUGCUCACAGAUCAGGGAGGUGACUUCCCAAAGUAAUUAUCCAAGAACCUCCAUUUUGGAAGAAUUCCUUUUUCGGUAGAAUACUUUGCCUCGAUAUAUAAGCAUACAGAUGCACUUUAAAUGAAAACCCUUGAUUAUAAAUUGAUAGCUGGUAGUGUUUUUUUUGCAAGAAUGCAUUUCUAAGGCAAAAGGUAAAUUAUUUUGUCAGUCUUUUGAUGUACUUUCUGAUUCCAGGAAUGGAUAUUUAUUCAAGGACUAUUUUAAAAAUAGAAAGUAAGUUUGUAGCAUGCUGUCUGAAUUCUGGGGAAAGCGCCAUCUCUUCUUUAGUUGCUGUCAGUUUUUUCAGAUGUAGGACUUCCUUUGAUGUUCUUGUUGGAAGUCCAUUAGCAGUCCUUCACUUUGUCAAUUCGAGGUUAAACAGGGUCAGUGACAUCUGCAGUGUCCCAAUCAUUUAUUUGCAUGAAUCUGCUUAAAUAAGUUUUUGGUUGUUGUUGUUUUUCCUUUUUUAUGUUUUGUUCAGAAUUUGUACAUUCAAGUUGUACUUGUUAUAUCUGAUAUGAAUGAAAUAAAAUCUUAAUUGCAGA